UAAUGGAUUGGAAAGAGAGUGAAUAAGACAAAAUAAUAACAUUUUUCCAUGGAUUCUGCAGGCUUGAAAACAUCACCAACUUUGUUAUUUUCAUUUUUAAUCUAUACCCGAAUUUUACCAGAAAAAUGGGGAAUUUCAAUUCCCAGAACAAACAGGAACACUGAACCUGAACAGGCAAACGUCGUUUCAAGCGUAUGACGAUGACGUCCGUUCUUUUGUCAGUAAACAACCAAAGUGUAAAGCUCGCUUCGGAGUGUGUAGUAAGGAAACUCUGAUACGAGAUAAGGGUAUUAUAGCUGUGUUUUUGUCUUAUCUACUACCGUAUACGAAGUCAGUCGAUGAACGUGUUCCGUUUAGUGGGUGGAAACGUGAAGCAAUAAUCGCACAAUGUUUACGUUAAUGUGGUUCUUCUUACUAGUGAUAUGGUCGCUGGUCGCUGCUGGAUUUUCUUUGCCGGAAUCGGCUACCUUGGAACGAAAGCUCACAGCAACUUUGAACCCAGGCUGUCCUGCUGAUAUUUGUUCCGAUGAUUUGACUGAGGGCCAGGUUACUUUAAUUUAUAUCCGCGCGGAGGGAGCGGCCGACACGAUUCACUAUGUUUGGGAUUUUACCGGAAAGCCGACCAUCCUUGUCGCGUUAACGGAACGGAAUGCUUCUUUGAUUAUUAACUGGGAAGAUUUCUGGCAGGGCAAACCAGAAUCAAUUGGAUUUGGGAAUAAACAUCCCAAAUAUGUAUUUAUGACCGUCAUCAAUAGAAUAUUUCAGUUUGAUGAUCCGAAAGAUAAAGGAAUAUUCACGAGUGAUUUGCCCGUACAUGUGUAUGACCCGCAUCAGUUUCUUUGGAAUCGAACGCUAUACUGGUUCAACGAAAAAGAUGUUAUUGUUGCGCUGAACGCUAAUAAUGAGUUCUUAUUCAAGUUAAACGCCUAUUCUUCACGAGAUCACGGGAUGGACUACCCGCAUCUGCUGCAUACGUCCAAUUCGACACAGAUUGAUAUCGUUUUUAACAAUGUAAGCGCCAAGUUUGCUCAACCACGGUUUGCUAUUGAGCUGCUGUUCGUGGUUUCGGAACAAGCCGUUGCUGGAUCGAAUUUUGAAGUGACUCAGCGGAAGGGUCUGGAUGAUGAGCACACACCAGGGAUUUUCGAAAUCAUCGAUGUACUGUCGCCGGGUGCAUUUAAAUUUUCUACCGGUGGCUAUAUAGAGUAUCGUCCGGUAUCCUACACCCAUCCGGAGCGCGAUGUUUCCACGUCAACUGAAACACAUCAGAGCGAACCAAAAACCAUCGAAUCAGCAUCGGAGGAACUGAACAAUACCCUUGCAUACGCUAUGUAUGGAACAGCUCUGGAUUCUCGACUUGUGCAGGGAAUGAAUAUCUCGUUUGGUCUCAGUGGUGAUGGGUUCUAUAGCAAAACCAACUACACUACGAUGACAUUUCAGAUGGGUUAUGGUACACCUCCGGUGGAGCAACUAUCGGCAUUUGUGCUCAUUGUGGCCGGAAUUGGAAUUGGUGUACCGCUGGUUCUAUUGAUAUUUGGCGGUCUGUACUUGUGUUUGAAAAAAAUGAGAACACAGCCUGCAACUAACGUUUGACCGGUGUGGUGUCGCUAUGGCUAGGAUGUUAGAUAUACCUUAGAAGCAAUUUCGUCCACAGAUGACACUCAGAGGAGUCCUCAUUUCAAAUCGGUUUUGAGUUCAAUAGUCAAUGGUAUUGGUGAAAUUUUUGUUAAAUUUGUUCGACUGCAUUCAGAGGAGAUAUGAGGUUUUCUGAGCUUAAAAACGUUUUGAAAAGUUGCUAUCCCAUCGCCGGGCACGUCAGUGAUGACAACCAAACUAGUGGCGCAUUUCUCAGUUAUGUUUAAGUGUUGGAAAAGAAAAGUAUUGAUAUCAUUUACACAUAUACAUAGUUUAAAAGGGAAAUAGAUGAUAAACUAUGCAGAAUAUUUCAAUUGUGAUAGCAGACUAUAUGACUGGAUAAAAAGUAAUAAAGUUCAAUUUGUAGGAGGCUA